UUGACUAUGUAUGUUUUUUUUUGUAAAAUUCUUGUAAUUGGCCAUGAGUAAAACCAGAAUAUCAUAGGAAAGAAGGAGUUAUAGACCACACUUUUACGUUCAAGAUGUGCGAGCCAUGUAGAUUAUUAAGGAAAUGCAAAAGCUGCCAUGAUGGAUGCUGUCCUCGAACCAGUUGCUGUCAGCGAUCAUGUUCCAUAAAUACAAGAAAUUGCCGGGUGGUGUUUCCUGGGGAGUUCCAAAAGUUCUCGGAAAUGGUGCCACCCAGUUUUCUUCUAAAGUCGCCAAAGCCACCGAAGCCAAAAAAGAAGCAUUCGAAGAGUUCCUCAUCCUGCGGGGACAAAUGUCAAGAUCCGUGUGUGGAUACGUGUACGGAACAGAGUGAGCAUCCAAAUCAAAAUGCCGAAAAGGAAAAUGGGGAAGAAGGUGCUGAAGAAUACGGUCAAGAUGGUGUAGCGGGGUAUGGAGGCUAUGGUCCCAGAUUACAGGAAGAUCCAGGAGCAGGAUUUCAAGGAGUCACAGGACCCAGAUUUGGCUUUCAGCCAGGACAACCGACUAUUAUACCUUGCUAUGGUACCUACGGCCCGACAGGAAAUCCCGUGAUUUUUGGAAUUCCGCCUCCCACUCAAUAUGGCAGCUUUGGAGUUCCUAGACCCUUUGUUCUGCCAGUGGCAACUUCAGCAGGCCAGGGAGAUGCGCGAAAUCUUAGGGCGGCAGGUCUGCCCACGCAGUAUUCAUCUGAGUUCAAUCCUUGUACCGGAGAAGUUGUUCAAUGCGGAAAUCAACAAAUGCCAGCUGGCAGACCAAGAGAUACAAGAGAAAUUCCGUCUUAUGACCAAUUUUGUCAAGAUAUUGACACGGGUUUUGGUCCCAGCAAUCAAUAUUACUCUUUUAAUGCCGCAGGACAAGCUGUAGAACCGAGUCCUGUGGAUCAAAGGCAAUUCAUCCAAAAUAAUCUAUCUGCGGAAGCUCCUCCUGUGUACACUCAAAAUCAAGAAAUGCCCCUUGGACUUAACAAUCAGAAUUUCCCACCAUCUCAACCACCAAUGGAACGAUUGUGCCAAGGUAGUACCAGAUCGAAGUCUCUCAGUCCACGGAAUGAGCCCAGGAACUAUUCCACAGAUAAUCAGCUUGAAUUUAGAGGAGCUCAAGCUUAUAAUCAGCAGAAUCCUAAUAGUGAUUUUAGACCAACCUCUAAGCCUAUUGCAUCUGCGGUUCCAGUAAGUAAACUAGCUAACAGAUCGAAGUCUGUAGGUCAACGGCAUUUACCAAGGGAUGUUCCAUCCGAUGUCAUGAAAAGUCCAGCCAGAGAAAUGGAUCCGCAAACUGAUUAUUAUUCUAAAAAUAGCGGAGGGAGGUCAGUUCCCAAAUCAAUGCCAUCUGCUGGUCAAGGGCGUCAAGGUGAUAGUAUGCCACCACGGAAUAAGUCGAUGGUACCUCCUGCAAAUAGACAACCGGAUUCAAAUAUUAUUUAUAGCCAACAGUACAUGGGCAUGGGUAUCGACCCCAACAAUCAGUACUUUCCAUACAAUGAUUGUGCUCCAUUAAACGCUACCUUUGUGCAUGAUUUAGGUUCACCCAAUGAUCAGAACUGCCAGGAUAUGAACGGAUUGCAAUCUGAAAGAACACGAAAUGUAUCACACAAGGAACAUGAAAAGAGUAAGAGCUCUAAGAAAGGACAAUCAUCAUCGAGGUCAGCAAAGCAGAAAUCGCAGGACAACGCUUGCUCUGAGCUUCUCAACCGCAUCGCAGAGUCCUAUUCUCCGAGUGAUCUACAGAGGUGGUGUGAUCUACUAAUGUCUAAGGCCAGAAACAAAAAUCAACCCACUGCCAAGAAGAACAAGAAGUCAAAGCGGAGUUCCAAGAUGAACCAAGAGAACUCUAUAGUCCAAAGUGAUACGAAUGGUCGAACAUCAACGGCCGGGACACCUGCAUCUGACACUGAAGUAUCUGAAGAUGCAAACGCCACAAAUGAGGGUCAAAAUGCUUCCCCAAAGACUGCUCCGAAACCAGAAACGCGCAACUGUGGCUGCUCUGCAAAUUUGCCUGAAGAAAACUCAAAUGAGAACCUGACUUCAGCUCCUUGUGGCAGCGGUCCAGCUUGCUGGACCUGGUACUAUAAUCCCUGCACUGGCUGUUAUUACUAUUGCGGUAACUGCUGCAAUGGCUGUCGUAAUUGCUGCAAUCACAGCUGCAGUCCGUGCAGUUGCUGUUGCAACAACUCCUCUGCUCAGAUGGAGGCAGUACCGCCGAAGCCAAAGUCAAAGAACAGGGAAAAGCCAGAGAAAGUUAUUACCAGCAAGCGAAAUUCCGCCGGUGCAGCUGUAAACUGUAAUAUGUGGGGUGCAACUAUGCCAGGAUACAAUCGAACUGCUUCACCCUCACCCCAAUACAGCUCUCCCUACAGUGGACGUUGGGAGGCGGGCGGAGUGGAUAUUAAUCGGAAUCAUCAUAACCAAAGACCUUUCAACUUCAGUUGCGUGCGCCAUAAUUGAUUUUUCAUCUUGUCUAAAUUUUACGUUGAAUUUCAUUUUACACUUUUAACACAACUUUCCGCUGCCUGAAUAAAGAUAUAUAAAAGAUAAA